GAAAAGUUUGGAAAUAGGCUGGACUACACUGACUCUUGUAGCAGUGCAACAAUCCGCUUCUCAGGAAGGAAACCGGAGCUCUGGAGAGAUAUCACACAGUCUAGAGCUCCAGGAACGGCACACACCCGGAACUCCGGUUCCUUCUCUCAGACUUAUUACACUAAUAUCACCGGUUACACACGUGUAUGCAGUUCAUUCUUCUUCUUUUUUUAAAAAACAACAACAACAACAUUUGGACGUUGGCUUAAUAAAAUGUCAAGCAUAAAAGUUCCUGAACUCGACCUGAGAGAAGUGGACAUAUGCGACGGUGAGCUGGAGUCCGAAGAGGAAAGCGGAGUUUUCGGAAUCUCAGUCGGGGUGUCAUUAGAAAAGCGUCCCGGAUUACAUGAUCUACACGCGCAUUCAGAGUGCACUAACGGAGCGCUUCAAAGUUUCUCAUCCAAACGGUCUCGGGUUUGUGACGGGGCAAUAAAGGAGUCUGUCUGUCUGGAGCCAGUGCGCCAUGAAACCUGGACACGUUCUGAAGAAGACGAUGGCAGGUCUGUGUGUCGGUCAUCCAUCGUGGACUGUCUCCUGGUGGAGCUUUAUGACACGUACAGCAGCGGGAAGGGCCUCAGGAGUGCAGACAGUCUGGACAGCUCGACUGAGGCCUCAGGAUCAGACGCGUUUCUGGGUAGAAGCAACACCGCGUCCAGCUUUCUGCAGGAACUACAAGAAAAACACACGAAGAGACACCAGAGGAAUUAUCUCGUCCAAAAAGAUCCAGAGGAGCUGAAGUGGAUCAUUCAGGAGGUUAAUUAUCGUAUCGGAAUUCAGUCAGCUAAACUGGUACGGCAGCUGAAAAGGAAGGACAGACUAGAUCACAAGCAGCAGAAGAAAUGUGACAUUGUCACUGCCUUCCUGCAAGCUGUCUCCCCGAAAAGAAGGGUGGAUACCAGGUUGAAGUUUACUCUAGAGCCAUCUCUUGGCAAGAAUGGCUUUCAACAGUGGUAUGAUGCCCUCAAGGCAGUGGCUAGGCUCCCAACUGGAAUUCCCAAAGAGUGGAGGAAGAGGGUAUGGUUAACUUUAGCUGAUCAGUACCUCCACAGCAUCUCCAUAGACUGGGAGAAGACCAUGAGAUUCGCGUUCAACGAACGUAGCAACCCAGAUGAUGACUCCCUGGGGAUCCAGAUAGUGAAAGACCUGCAUAGAACAGGCUGCAGUUCCUACUGUGGCCAGGAGGCCGAGCAGGACCGUGUGGUUCUGAAGAGGGUGCUAUUGGCUUAUGCCCGCUGGAACAAGACUGUAGGUUACUGCCAAGGCUUCAACGUGCUGGCCGCGCUUAUCCUUGAGGUCACAGAGGGCAACGAAGGCGAUGCGUUGAAGGUGAUGAUUUAUCUAAUUGAUAAGGUACUUCCUGAGAGCUACUUUGCAAACAACCUGCGUGCUCUGUCUGUGGACAUGGCUGUAUUCAGGGAUCUGCUCAGGCUUAAGCUUCCAGAGCUCUCUCAGCACCUUCACCACUUACAGAAAGUAGCCAAUCGGACAGGAGGAGGAAGCUAUGAGCCUCCACUCACCAACGUGUUCACCAUGCAGUGGUUUCUCACCAUGUUUGCCACCUGCCUGCCUCACCACACCGUGCUGAAGAUCUGGGACUCAGUUUUCUUUGAGGGAUCAGAAGUGCUGCUGCGUGUUGCCUUAGCCAUUUGGGCCAAACUGGCAGAGAGGAUUGAAGAGUGUCAGACUGCAGAUGAGUUCUACAGCACUAUGGGCUGUCUGACUCAAGAGAUGCUGGAGGACAAUUUGAUCGACUCCAAUGAACUCAUGCAGACGGUAUACUCCAUGGCCACCUUCCCUUUUCCCCAGCUGGCUGAACUGAGGGAGAAAUACACAUAUAAUAUCACUCCAUUCCCUGCUGCAGUCAAGGCCAUUGGCAGCCAGGGGCUCCAUGGAUGGGAGAGUGAUGAUGAUGGAGACAUGGAUGAUGAAGACUCUAUAGUCACUGCUCUGGGAUGCCUGGGACCGUUAGGAGGACUCCUGGCCCCUGAGAUUCAGAGAUACCAAAAGCACUUAAAAGAACAGCGAGGUGAGCAGAGCUCUCCCUGCAGCAGUAUGGCCGAGCUGAGCCCCGGGGCGGUGGGGGCUGGCCGUGCAGAGCAUCAUGCCACUAUCAACAGCAUGAUGAUGGAGCGCAUGAGCACAGACAUCAGAGCACUCACCAAGCAGUACUAUCGCAUCAAGAGACGGCAGCAGCAGCAGGCCAACCUGCUCUACAUUCACACAGGACUGCCAGUGGAAGCUGAACGUGUUGCUCCUCAUCAGCCUAAUAAAGGGAGGAGCCUUGACACCGAUAAAUGUCCAGCCACCGGCAUCUUUGCCUCCCAAAUCCACUCUUCACCUGUUGUCAAUCAUCUUCUCCUGGGAAAGAAGGCCAUAGCUGCUCAGCAUCCUUACAGUGAUCCUACAGGGCCACAUCCCCGAGCCCAGUCCACCCCAACCCAGGAUCACAGUCUUCAGUCCCCCUGGCGUGCCCAUGUUUGUGCGCAUCGCAGGAAUCUGGCACGGGCCCGGGCCCAGCUGGGCUUUGAUGACUCCUUGGAGCUAGAGGAAAACAUCAGCCCUGAUCACAAAACAAAGACAGAAGAGGGCGUGGAGGAGAUGAAGGAAGAGGAAGAUCAAGAGAAAGAGAUGAAAGAUGACCGUGAAAGCCAGGAGAAAGUUGAUGUGCCAUUGCAGGAGCCAGUGCAAGGGAUUAUGGAGGAGGGAGACUCAGAGCUUCAGCUUCAGGAUGCUGGCUGUAGUGAGGAGAUCAAGGAGAUGGAACAGCAGCUAUCCACUCUAGACCUGGAUUCAUCAGCACAAGCUCCGUCAGUGUUUAAUGAUCCAGAAACACCUUCUCCGCUUCCAGAGCUGGGAAAUGAUCCACAGCCACAACCCAAACCAAAUGCACAGCCGUAUGUCUCAGCAGUGGCGUGCUCCACCCGCCACGACUCUUCCAGCUCGGAGAGCACAGCUUGCUCUCUCAGGCAGAGCUCCUCUGUAGCCUCUACUCCAGAGAUUCUUCCCAAACCACCGCAGAUCUUCUCCCCUUUCCCCUGCGUCAAAGUACCCCGCAAAUCCAUGGCUGCCCGCAACCUGGGCCUCUAUGGCCCCACCUCCAGAACUCCCAACGUGCACUUCCCACAUAUGAGCAAAACCAUGAACCGAAUGGGUGUUGGCGUUGCUGUGUCCACCAGGUGGCGAUGAUUAGCAGCUUCACUUAUUCUUCACCUCAGCUCUGAAUCUGAGCCUUUCAGAUAUUCAGAAGGCUUUGUCUUUCAGUAUGCAUAGAAGGUAUAACAGUAUACAGCACAGAAGCCAUUGAGAUAUUGUACACAGCAGAUGUAUAACUAGAAAUUAAGGAAAUUCAUAGCUAGUAAACUUUAUGUUGAAUGUGUUGUUUUUUUGUUUUCAUCUAAAAAAUUUUGUACGCCACAUAAAGAGCCAAACGGGUUAUUCUUUUCUAAUAUUAUUCAUUGCCGGAGUAUGUGAAGAAAUCUUUAAAUAUGUUUGCUGCACGUCUGACCUUUUGGCUUUUGCCAUAAAUGUAUUGGUUAUGACUAUGUAUUCGUCACAAAGAUAUAUCAUCUUCAAAUAAUAUUUAAAAACAGUUCAAAUGAAGCCUAUUUAUUGACUAGUAAAUGCCCCACUGGAUAGAAAACUGAAGAUGUACUGUAUCUCAUAAUAACACUCGCUCACUCCAAACAUUUUGCUUUAUUUGUUCUCUUAUUAUUUCUGGCUAAUUUUCUCUCAAAAUUUAUUGCAUUUGCCUGCUGUUCUGUAGGUUUUGUCUGUCACAUCUUUAGUUGGUUUAUGCCGUCAUUUCAGUUAACUAACCUUGAACAGAAAUAACUUUGUCUUUGCUCUUCAUUUAAUAGCUUAUGCUUUAAACAUUUUGAACUGGACAGAGAAACCUAAUAUAUUGGAUAUAACGUCAAUGGAAAUGAAUGGAUCAUUGAAUAUUUACUUUGAUGCUUGAGUUCUUUCAGUGAACAAAAUUUCACAUCUUUACAUCAAUAAAGAAUUAUACAUGUAUAAGAGAUGACCUGA